UACCCAGUAGCCGUUGACGGCUCUUUAGGUGACGGAUCGAGUCCAGUAUUACAAUUUUCUUUUCCUCCUUUUCCUUUAUUUUUUUGGGGGAAAAAAGAAAAGGAGUGCAAGAGGAUAACGUUGCUUAGCUAGCUGGGUCACUUGCUAGAAAGCUACGCGAUAGCAUUAGCUAACCUCAUUCUGCGAUACAACCUCGAGACAAGUCGGGACAAGACCAGUCUCAGGGCUCACCAUACUCAAUGAGCGGACAGCGCAAUGUCAGAGCGCUCUGGGCAAACUGCAAAGGGGAAGGAAGGCAAAACCAAGUAUGCGUCUCUCAACCUGUUUGAUACAUACAAAGGAAAGAGCCUUGAAACACAAAAGCCUGUUGUUCCCCCCCGCCAUGGCCUGCAGUCUCUUGGUAAAGUUGCCUCCGCACGGCGUAUGCCACCCCCUGCCAACCUGCCCAGUCUGAAGGCAGAGAACAAAGGCAACGAUCCCAACGUCUCACUCGUUCCCAAAGACGGCUCAGGAUGGGCAAGCAAACAGGAACAAGCGGACCCAAAGAGUACCGAUGCAUCGCCAGCACCGCAGCCGGAAUCGCAGCAGCCUGUGGCUUCACCGACACCUGCACCGACCCGCCCGAGAACCCCGCCAGCUUCAGAGGCUCUGGCCCCAGCUUCAACCCAGGCCGUAGGGGCAAGGUCUUGGGCACAGGCCAGUGUUACACAUGGAACACAAGGGGAUGGUGGAAAGGCAUCAAACCAACCGUCGCCAUUCUCUCGCGAGGAAUUUCCCACCCUGCAGGCGGCUGGCGACCAGGACAAAGUUGGCAGAGAACAGGGCACUGCAGAUCAGUUGUAUGGGCCCGGACCAAGCCUCCGCCCCCAGAACGUUACAAAUUGGCGGGACGGUGGGGGCCGAGCCCUGGCGCCCACCCUGUCUGGGGAGGGGGCAGUGGAGGGUGGCACUGGUGGGGCUCUGGUGAUGGAUGGGGCAGCUGGGGCCCCCCCUCCAAACUCUCAGUCCCACGGGCCACCUAGGAACCCUCCCGCAGGCAGCCCUGCCUUGCCCCUGCCCCAGCCCCCUGUGGGACCUGGGUUCCCCCAAUACAGAGGGAUCAUGCCUCCCUUCAUGUAUCCUCCCUACCUGCCCUUUCCGGGCCCCUACGGCCCUCAGGGGCCCUACAGAUACCCGGCACCUGGGGAAGGGCCUCCUCCAAGGUUCUCUCGUGGGCAGGGCGGUCCUGACAACAGGCAUCAGGGCGGCCAACGUGACACAGGUGAAGUGGUGAAGCGACCCCCUAUCCUAAAGCAGGAUGACCUGAAGGAGCUGGACGAGCUGGACCACGAUGGAGACGAGGGCUGGGCAGGUGCUCAUGAGGAGAUCGAUUACUCCGCCAAGUUGAAAUUCAGUGAUGAUGAAGGAGAGGAAGAGGGGGAAGAGGAGAGAUCCGAGAGCAAGAAUGAUUUGCGUGAGCAACAAAGGUCCCAGGAUGCCCCCCCUGCAACCUCUCGCUCUCGAGCUUCGGACAGCGGUGGAGAAACUCGCCGCACUCCCCCAUCUAAUGCUGACAACGGCCCCCAACCCCCCUCCAGCAAGCCAGGAAGGGCCGAGGAGGGAGGUGGUGGCUGGGUGGGCCAGGGAGCACCAUCCAACUACCAGGGGCGCAGGCCUGGAUUGGGUGGUCCCCGGGAGCAGCCCUCCCCCCCACCUGGGCCGCUCCUUGGACAAGGGCCUUACUCCUUUUACCGACAGGACCGGCCCCAAAACCAGAGUGCCUCUCAAGGCCCGGGGAAACCUGUCCCUGCCCAGCAUCAGCCAACACCAGGAGGCCCUUCUCCUUCUGCCCUGCCGGUCCCUGGACCUCAGGAGAAUGAUGAGGAUGAGACUUGGCGUCAGCGCAGGAAGCAGUCUUCCACUGACAUCUCUGCUGCUGUAGAGCGAGCCCGUCGACGUCGCGAGGAAGAAGAACGCAGGAUGGAGGAGGAGAGACGCGCAGCCUGCGCAGAGAAGCUCAAGAGGCUGGAUGAGAAGCAGCAGCAACAGCAGCAGGGCAGCAACACAGAAGUUGGUGGUAGCGACUGUAAAAGCCCCAGCCUUGAUGGAAACUCUACUUCCGCCACAGCAGGCAGCCCUAGUCCAUCUAUUUCAGCCUCUGCCUCCUCCCCCAACAUCAGCCAGCCCCCAUCCCCCUGUGUGGACCCUGAGGAGCCUCCAGUGCUGGUUGUCCAGCCGGGGUCUAGUCCUGGAGUCAGCGACCGACAGCGAGCCAACAGCAACAGCAGCUAUGACUCCAGUGCAGAAGCCCCGCAGUGUCCCCAGCCGGCUGUGUCACAGCCCCAGCAGCCUGCUCUGGAUGUACCUUUACCAGGAGAAAAUAAGGAAGAGACCAUGGGCACACCGCACAUUCGUGCUGGAAGUGGAUGUGAAAGAGGAGUGGACCCAGUAAAGAUUGAGAAUAUCGGAGGGGGAGCAGGACGUCAAGCCGGUGGUCCUCCUGGCCAGGGUUACUCAAAAUACCAAAAGUCUCUUCCACCUCGAUUUCAGAGGCAGCAGCAGGAGCAGCUCCUCAAGCAACAGCAGCAGUGGCAGCAGCAGCAACAACAGCAGCAACACAGCCAGGCAUCACAAAGCCAGCUGUCCCCCCAGCCCCAGGCUCCACAGGGUCCUUCACCGUGUUCAACACCCCAGCCAGGUCCUGGACCCAAGCAGGGAGGCCCCAUGUAUCAACCCAGCAACAUGGUCCGACCCCCGCCCCUGCCAAUGAAUUUCGACCCUCGCUGGAUGAUGAUGCCCUACAUGGACCCCCGCAUGAUGCAGGGCCGGCCUCCGCCUAUGGACUACUAUUCAGCAGGCAUGCACCCGUCAGGGCUUAUUGGGCGUGAGCGGUCUGAUUCGGGGGGAUCUGGUUCAGACCCUUUUGAUAGACAGCAACAGCAUCCAGGGCACCCUCACCGUGGGACCCCCCCUAUGGAUCCUAAACUGGCCUGGGGGCAGGAGGUAUUCCCUGGCGGAGGGGAGGGCCGUGGACUAACGUCCCCCCUCAGGCAGAAGCAGGCAUUGGAGGAUGACGAUGUGGCCAAAGGGCCCAGGAGCGACACUCCUCCGCAUCGCGUUCGAGAAGGUGGAUUGGGACCCAUCCAGCAGCCCAGCUCCACCUCUGGGACAUCCAAUCAGACACCACCUCCAGUCGGCAAUCAAGUUGGGCCCCAGGGAGGCGGCCACCACCCCCAUCACUACAUGAGUGGGCGGGGCAACUACAGCAACUUCCCUGACCAGGGUGCGAGGAUGCAUCCCCACCAGCAGCAGCAGAGGGCAGAGAGGGGAAAUCCACCGCACAGCUACACCCACCAGGAUGAAGGGCCUCCACGAGGGUCUCAGCAGGGACAGAUAUGGGGAGCCCCAAACCCUCACUACGAUCGCAACGGCCGUGCCGACCACCCACCUGUUGAGAGCAACUCUCAUCUCCACCACCAUCACAGCCACCACCCUCAGCAGCCUCACUUCUCUCUCCACGCCCAUAAGCCAGAGAACAGCCGAGACAGGGUUGUUGAGGCGCCUGCUAAGAAGACGGACUCUUCUCCCCCAAUCCACCAACCUUCCCUCUCAUCCUCCUGCUCUUCCUCCUCCUCCUCUUCUGUCAGGGAAGAUGGGAAUGUCAAAGCUGUCCUACAUCAUCACCCGUCCCAGAGAGAGAGUGAAGGGCACAGUCAUGGUGAAAGAGUCAACAGUGGCAGUAGCAGCCAUGUGAAACAGGAGAAAACAGGCCCGGCAUAUGCUCCCCAUUCCUCCAUGACCCCUAGCCCAACUCCCUCUCAACAUGGCAGUCAUACUCAGUCUCAGCAGCAGCAGCAGCAGCAGCAGCAGCAGCAGCAGCAGCAGCAGCACCACCCUCAUCCUAAAUCAAACCAAAGAGGGGGGCGGGAGCACAAGACGGAGACCCAGUGGGGCCCACGGCCUGGAAGCAGCAAUACGGGUGGGCCGUCCUCUCAUAGUAGGAGGUCUAACAAUGCAGGAGGUGGAAACAACUCUCGUGGAGGGGAUGAUUCCAACACUCCAUCGGACCACAAACCCUCCAACCAGACAGGAGGCAGCAAUGCCACCAGGAGGGCUGGCCCCAUUAAGAAGCCGGUGCUUAAGGAGAUGAAGAGAGAUGGAGGGGAAGCUGAUGGAGGAGAAAAAACAACCUUUAGUAAAGAUAAAGAGAAGGAUAGUGGUCAAUCUACCUCAAUGAAGCAGGAAGCCACCUCCACAUCCCAGAACACAUCAGCGCCAUCUAAAGAUGAGCCAGCCCAGACAGCCAAACCCAGGAAUGGAGGAAAAGAACGAGGAGGCGGGUCUGGUAGAGGGCCCAAAGAUGUAGAUGCCACUUCAUCAGGAUUUUCAGGUUCCUCCUCCAGGAGGGACAGGGACCGCUCCUUUGAGAGAGGAGGGGGCACCUCCCACCACCAUGGAGUCCCUGCCAAAGGCAGUAGAGCCAGUCGCGGACGAGGGGGAGAGUUCUACGGGCGUGGCCGCGGUUACCGUGGCACCUACACGGCCGCUGCUGGGCCCACUAGUGGUGGUCGGGGAAGAAUGGGUGGCAGGAGUGGCAGAGACUACCGUUCAUCUGUUGCCGGGGGACACCACGAGUCCAAGGCUGAGGGAGGCGGUGGAAGGCACGGUCAGGAUCGGUCCCAGCAUAACCCGGCCAGGGCCAGGAACCGAAGUGAAACCCGCAGCGAGGGCUCAGAGUAUGAGGAAAUCCCCAAGAGAAGAAGGGAGAGAGGUUCAGAGACUGGCAGUGAGAGUGGUGCAAGUGACCUUGGUCCCUCAGACAAGGAAGACCACCAGAAACUCAACACCAAGAAUGGCUCUGAUAAUGCCAACGCCACCAACAGCGGCAACAUGUCAUCUGCACCACCCAGAGGCUCCCAGGCCAGGGUCUUCACACCAAGGGGUGUGCCCUCAAGGAGGGGCAGGGGUGGAGGUAGUGGAGGAGGAAAUGGGUACAGAAGUGGUGGCAAUGUUGGAGGUCCACCUGGGGGACACCGGGUCGGACCCAGCUCUGCCUCUCACGGAGCCUCAUCCAAGUCAUCAGCCUCAGCUCGAAAGCAACAAGGCCCGUCACAAACCUCUGGACCCAAAGACUUGGGCAGGGGAGGAAAUGGAGUAGAGAAGAAAGACAAGUUGGCUGAUGCAAGUCAAACUCAAAGUCAAGGGUCCAAUCCCCCUCAGCUGCCUUUGCCUGUUGCAACUCCUGCCACUUCAUGUUCCACUGAAAAUGGAGGAGUUGUGACCCAGCAAGUUUCAACCAACCCUACACCAAACUCUGGAGGGCCAAACGCUCCUCUUCCCACUAACCGUGGGUUCCCUCCCGGUGGGUUUGAGCGACCACCUAGGCGUCGCCGUCAUGGGCGGUCCCAGCACCAGCAGGACAAGCCCCCCCGCUUCCGGAGAUUGAAGGAGCGAGAGAAUGCUGCACGUAUCAACGGAGGAGUAGGGGUCAUCGGAGGAGGAAGGCCCUCCUCUCCUUCCCUGAAUUUGGUUCAGGACAGUAACGGAGCCCCCAUCUCUGCCCCUGUGACGGGCAAUGCCCAAAAUGCUAACCACAACACCACACUAACAACCAACAAUAACAGUGGUGGCGGGCAUCUAAGCAAUGCAAAUAGUCACCACCAUCACCACUACAACCAGGGCAACGCUGGGCAGACCCACCCCCAGCACCACCACAGCCAUGGAGCGAAGUCCCCCGACUUCACCAACCAAAACUCGGACCAGGCCAACGAGGAGUGGGAGACCGCCUCCGAGAGUAGCGACUUCACAGAGUUCAGAGACAGGGAGGGAGGAGGAGGGAAGUCCUAUUCUUCCCACCAUCCCCACCACCUGGGAAGGGGCGGAGGUGGAGGUGGAGGAGGAGGAGGAGGAGGAGGAGGAGGAGGAGGAGGAGGAGGCGGAGGUGGAGGUGUGGUCGACCGCGACAUGAUGGGAAAAGAGCCCUCGGCUAAUAAAAGAAGCUUUUCAAGCCAGCGUCCUGGCAUGGAGCGACAGAACCGAAGGGUCAACCCCGGAGGAGGAGGAGGCGGAGGGGGAGGAAGAGGCCCAAGAGGGCAGCCCGGUGGCGGCUCCGGCGGGCCCGGUAACGGAGGUGGCAACCGCGGGGAGAGGCGUGGCAACUGGCCCUCCCCGAAAAAUAGAAAGUGAUGAAAAAUUUAAAAACAUUUCAGAUGAACCCCACCCACAUUAAAAACACCCUCUUCCAUCUUAAUCCCUUUUUGAUAAUUACUUCAUGGCUUAUCUGUUGGCAUCCCUAAACCUAUUAGUGCAUUGUACAGUACAUGGAGAUGGUAUUCACAUUCACUUCUUCACCUCUUUCCCUUUGCAUCAAUCUAUCUACCGUCCGUUAUUGUAAAUUUCUCCGUUUGUUUCAUCUUGCUCUCUGUUCAGUUGUUCCCCCUUCCUUCCUUCCCUCCCUUCCCUCCGUCCCUCCCUCACCCCCUCACCUUCCCUGAAGAAUCUCACCCCAGUUGGAUUUGACAAGCAUGUGGUUCUGCAAAUGGGAGGUGCACGUCAUUUUGACAGAAAACAUGCACACAGAGCUCCACACACACUCGCAUUUACAAGCACAAAUAUGACAUCUUUACAAACACACGGAACACAUGCAGUCAUGUGGGUGCAAAAAUAAAAACGUGGGAUUAAAUUGGCAAACACGUUUGGAUUGGGCAAAUUUUUAUAUUUAUGUACCUGUGUAUAUUUCUACCACACUUUGGCCUUGGGUGGUAUUCAGUAGUGCAGUUCUGCAUUACUUCCCUCACAAAGGGAAAGAGUGCAGCUUCAUCUUUUAACGUGAACAAUGUACCAUAAGAUGUUUUCUCUUUUGUGUAUUUCUUUUCUAUUUUCUUUUUUGGCCUUGUGUCAGUUGAGUUUCAUCCUCUGGGAAAUGUUAGGGGUGUGGGUUUUUUCUUCUAAAAGCAGGUCAUUAAAAUACCUUUUUACUAAAUUCCCCAUUUCCUCUUUUUGCUGACUUUUUGUCUCCUGCAAACUGUCUGAUUACUGAUGAGACCCAUUGAAGUACUACUGCUCAGUGCUCACCUACACUUUGCAUUGAUCACAUUGAUUUGUCUUUAAUAUCAAUGUUUCUGCUGCUUGUUCAGAUAGACAGUGUGAUUUUGUUCCCCCCCCCCCCUCCCCCAAACAAGUUUUUUGACCUGCUCUGACAUUUCAUUAGCUAUUGGUUUGUCCUUUUUAGGAAAUAUAGGCUUUUCAGCCUCAUCGUAGCAUCCUCCUUUAAGUUCUACAUAAAUCAGUUUCCCCAAGUUUUAUUCUUUUAUGGGUUUUGUUUACCCUAUAAAGACUGUAUUGUUAGCUUGAUGGCUUUAUUUUAACAACCAUUAUUUCCUCAGUGACUUCCAUUUUUAAGGAAACACUUUUUUUUUCUCAAGAUUAAAUUCCUAUCGAUCUUGUAAGGAGGGGGGAACGAGUUAUGUGAAAAUGUAGGUCAUGAUAGAAUAAAAAAUAAAUAAAAAAAAGGUUGACAUUCAUAAAAGUUGUUUAAGCUUGAAUAGGUAAUUGAAUAUGUUCUAAUAAGCACUCCUUGUAGUAUAACAAAAAACCCAUGGUUGCUGUUAUUGUUUUUUUUUCUUCCUUGUGUUUGUUUUUGGGCAAGUUACAUGUGAUGCAACAGGACAGGUACUCUGUCUGGGCCCAGAGUACAGAUCUAAGGCUGAGUAUUGUACUAUUACCCCGCCCCCCCCCCCCCCUGUGCUUUUGUGGAGACUCCUCACACCAAGAAAGGACUACUACCAAGAGCUCCUUGUCUGAGGAAGUACUUUUCAAAGUGUGUGUUCUCGGGAUGGCUGUUUCAGUACAACCAGAAGCCCAAACUAAUUGAAUUCAGGACAAUGUUUUUAACACGGUUUCCGAGAUUUCACUCGCAACAAAUAAUGCCGACCUGGGGUGUUGAGGAAAUAUGUGGAUUGAUGUAGAAUUACACUUGUAAACAUAGUUUGUAUCAUACAUAAAAUACAUAAAAUAGCACACUGAGACGACAUCCAAGGUGAACUAAAAUCGAUUUAUACAUCUGCAUCAAUUCUGUCACUGCUGUAAGUUGGGGUUUGUUUGUUUACUGACAACAGUUUGAAGAUCGUCUCUGGGAUGUUGUGAGUAGGGCAUUUGAUGAUUUGUUUACGUCGUGUGUUUGUGUGUGUGCUAGUGGGUGUGUGUGUGGCAUGUGUGCGUUUUCUGGUGUUUGUGUAAUAACUCGGGGGAAGGGGUGGGGGACCAGAGGGGUUUAACAUGAAUGGCAAGCACUUUUCUGCCUUGUUUGCCCACACUUGAUUUAACCGAUAUUAAGACAAUUCUACUGUUUCUUAAAUACAUCCACAUGUAUACAUUCAGAUGUGUGUGUAUAUGUUCAUCCAAAUGAAGAACACACAGUGGAGAACUUCACCCUUUUUUUUUUUCCUUUUUUUUUUUUGUGUAAUUUAAUCAUACAUUCUUCUGCAGGCAAGUGAAGUUGGACAUAUUUUAUUUUUCUCACUUCUAAGCAUGAACAUACACCCAUGGGUGCAGCUUGCCUUGCCUGUUUAUACAUUGAUAGCUGUACACUUAACACUGGCUCAAAGAGUCCUUCAUCCCUCCUUAAUGUUGAUGUGCGCAUUCUUUUAUGUACCCAUUGUUAAAAGAAAACAAAAUUAGUGUAUUCCAGAAAGAAAUUACUCAAAGAUUGUACUAUGUUUCCAGCAUUACCAAGGUACCUGGAGUGGUUCAAACUGUUUUUUUUUAGCAUUUAUGGUUUUAUUAAUGGAACCGUAAUAUACACACAUGUAUGUAUAUUGGUAUGUAUCUAAGUUUUGUCUACCCCAACUUACAUUCCCACAAACAAAUGUUGCCAUUUUUUGUUCAAGGGAGCAAUGUACAAGCAGAGAAGUGUCUUAUUAUAAUAAAGUUAUACAGAGAAGGCAAAGUUAAAUAAACUACUUUUGAUUUAAUGGAAAAAUGUAA